AUGGAUCCUCCCAAAAAUCCUGAUAACGCCCAGAGUAUCGACCCAGGGGAAACAUCCAGAAUGCAUUUCAAUCUCCUCAGUGAGACCAUCAAUGCCACCAAAACCGGCCGGUCUACCAUCUUUAAGUCAGCGAAGAAACAUUUGAAGCAAUUCAUUUCCAAAUACGAAUCUUUGGAUACGGAAAUGCCAGGAAUUCGAAAGUUUCAGGAUACGCCUCAGUCACAGCCGUUGACCAUUUGUGUGGAAUGCCCGCCUGACUUGGAUCUGACACACCAGGACAUCAUGACAGCAGCGGAGAGUAUCCUUCCUAAUGCCUUUGCGCUUGGGAAAAUCACCAGCAUCCAGUUCGAAAAUGUGAAUGUCAUCUGUGGCUCGUCGGGCCUGAAGAACAGGUGGCUGAUAAAUAUUUCGGAUUUCCAAACGAGAAGUUUGUUCCUCAAUUCUGGACUGGUCAUUAAGAAGAUGUACAUGGCAGUGCAGCGUUACGAUGACCUCUUGAUGGAGGACUACAAACUUCACCUCCGCAGGGCGAUGGCACAGAAGAAAGUCCUGGAGACACUGAAUGAGACAGCGAAUCUGGGAGUGAAAUCCAGGUAG